AUGACUAACAUCAUAGACCGAGUCAAGGAGAUGGAAGAAGAGUCUGUGCUGUUGAAGAAUCAGAUGCGGGAUUUGAAAAUGGAAAUGGAAAUGGAGAAACAGUAUGGGCGGAGUAGAAAUUUUAUUGUGACUAGUAUUCCUCAAGACGACAAAGAAGACGUCCCAGUGAAGAUCACAGGAUUGCUCCAGGCCAUGAAUAUCGAGCUCAGAAAAGAAGACAUCACAGCGCAUAGACUACCUUCAGCACACUCGCCGGCGCCGAUCAUAGUGCAGUGUACGACUAGAGCCAUCAGAGACACAGUAGUCCGUAGUGCACGUAAGUCUAGGCCAAGUACAAAACUAAUAGGAAAUUCUCAUCCAGAAAGGGCAAUAUACUUCAAUGAUCAUCUAACUCCCUAUUUCUCAGAACUAAUGAAACAAACCAAAGAAGUGAAGGAUAGGUUAGGGUUUAAGUACAUAUGGCUAAAUGGAAAUAGAAUUAUGUUGAAAAAAGACAACCAGUCAAAAGCUUUCAGAAUUACGGAAUCAGAUCUGGAAAAGGUAGGAUAA